AUGGCCGAACUAUUAAGAAGAACAAAGAAGAUCAAAUCAGAGUCUUCUGAGAAACAAAAGUUAUUUUUAAUAUCAAAGACAUCUUAUACAUCUGUUAAAGAAGAGACGUUGGAUAAUUGGAUAAAGAAGACGUUAAAAGAAGCCGAUAUUGAUAUUAGAGAAGAAAACACAAACAAAGAACUACAAAAUAACAGUAUUCAACGAAUGACUCCUAGGCAGAGUUUUAAUUGA